AAUGAUCUAUUAAGUUUCAAAAAUAUAUCUAUCGGAAUUGGUAGCAAUAAAACUUCCAUAUCAAGUGAUAAAUUAAAACAAAAUAAAUCAAAAUUUGAACAAAACUGAAAAAUGUUUGAAAAAAACAUGGACACCAACAAUCUGUCCGUCUCGAUCAAUGGAGAUCUGGACUCUACGAGUUCCGGCGGCACCUCCUCGGACCACUCGGCCGCCCAGCAGGAUAAUCUCAGUUCGCCGAUGGCCUACGGCUCGCUCUUCCUGCCAAAUGCUGGAUAUCGUGGCAACUUGUCUUGCAAAACUGUGCUGCAAUUAGACAAAUUCCCCUACGAGGGAGCGGAAAAGGAUCACCUGUUGGAGCGACGAUUCCAGGAUAUCACCAACGACUAUGACAAGUCUCCCCCGCCCACAGCCUCCACCACACCCACCCACUAUCCCAGCCUGAACAGCAUCAUAUUCGAGAAUGGCAAUGCCGGAAAUCUGGGGGAUCUUAAUGGGAAUACAAAGACGGACUCCAUGUGCGGAGGCUUGCAGAGGAACGGCAGUGGCCUGGGUGGGACAUCCAGUACUGGGGGACACCUUAUAUCCAAUCUCACGGCAGCCCACAACAUGUCCGCCGUAGGCAGUUUUCCCAUCGAUGCGAAAAUGUUGCAAUUUUCAACGGAUCAGAUCCAAUGCAUGUGUGAGGCCCUUCAACAGAAGGGGGACAUUGAAAAGCUGACUACCUUUCUGUGCAGCCUGCCGCCCAGCGAAUUCUUCAAGACCAACGAGAGUGUCCUCCGGGCCAGAGCCAUGGUGGCCUACAACCUGGGCCAGUUCCACGAGCUAUACAACCUCCUGGAGACGCACUGUUUCUCCAUCAAAUACCACGUGGAUCUGCAGAAUCUGUGGUUCAAGGCCCACUACAAGGAGGCGGAAAAGGUACGCGGACGGCCCCUCGGAGCCGUGGACAAAUACCGGCUGAGGAAAAAGUAUCCUUUGCCCAAAACCAUCUGGGAUGGUGAGGAGACAGUCUACUGUUUCAAGGAAAAGUCCCGGAACGCCCUCAAGGACUGUUACCUCACCAAUCGAUACCCCACUCCCGACGAGAAGAAGACGCUGGCCAAGAAGACGGGUCUUACGUUGACACAGGUCUCCAACUGGUUUAAGAACCGUCGCCAAAGGGAUCGUACGCCACAGCAGAGACCUGAUAUUAUGUCAGUCCUGCCCGUAGGCCAACUGGACGGCAAUGGCUUCCCGCGCAUGUUCAAUGCCCCAAGCUAUUAUCCCGAAACGAUUUUCAACGGGCAAUAAACCGCGAUCCAUGCGAUGCUGGUUUUUCGUGUAAAUAAUGCGUGUUUAUGUUAGGAGUGAAAGAAAUAAUAUGGAAAAUUGGUCAUCAAAUGGCACAUAUUCGUUAGCUUUAGAAUAAACUAAUUUUUGCUUUAUGUAU